UGUGCCUGUAGGCCCCGCCCACGAUGGCGUAUGCUGAUGAAUAUUCAUGUAAGCGCCACCCAGUGGGACCAAAUAUUUCAGGAACUGAAUAUAUUGUAACACCGGAUAGAAAUCACGCAGGGAAAUGUCCGAGAAGGACACUGAAACCUUAGAUGUGAUAGAACUGGCAGAGCAUCUUAAGAAACAAGGGUGGUGGAACAAGAUGUUUGGUAAAAAUAACUCCGGACCCGCUGCUGAGAAGUACGCUGUUGCAAAACAGCUGGCCAUUGGAGGAGUGAGCGGAUGGUGUGCAGGGUACUUGUUUCAGAAAGUUGGGAAGCUGGCAGCGUCGGCUGUCGGCGGCGGUUUCUUUUUGCUCCAGAUCGCUCAUCACACAGGAUACAUUCAGAUAGACUGGAAAAGAGUCGAGCAAGACGUGAACAAGGCAAAGAAGCAGCUGAAGUUGAAUUCAGACAAGCCUCCUAAAGAAGUGAGAACGAAAUUGAAUGAGGUGCAAGUAUUUGUCAAGAACAACAUUGUUCUCACGGGAGGUUUCGCUGGGGGAUUCCUGCUGGGUCUGGCUUCAUAGGAUCUCUUAUCAUUGUCUUACACGCUGAGGAUGUCAUCAAACAUCAGAUUAUUGCAGCUUGUAUUUAACGUAGAGCAACAUUAGAUUGUUAGGAUGUGUUCAUAAGGAAACAUUAAGAAUGUAUGCUUUCAGUUUUCAUGCUUUCAGUUUUUUUGAUUGUGCAUUGCUUUAGUUUGUACUUAAAGCCCCGGUUAAAUUUGGUUUAUUUGAACAUUUUGCUGUAUUAUUUUGGUACAAACAAUUUUUGACACCAGACUUGAUAAGUCAGCUUGCUUAAACAUGUAAAUAGUUAAAACAUUUGAAAUUGGCCCUUUAAAAACACUGUGACUAAACUAAAUGCAUUUUAUUGUUUAAAUGUUUUGUGAAUCUGGACAUUACUUCAAAGACAGGGGAGUCAAUAAAAGUUGUAAUUUUAAUUAAUAAUGACAGAAAUGUUUAAAGUAAAUAGACAGUCAGGUUUUAAACAAUUCUGGUUUGUCUUUUUUUAGUUGUUGUUUUUUGAUAUUCAUAAAUAUGUUUGAUCUUUUUUCCUAAAUUUCAGCUAAUGCUCAGCACAUAAUAUUUAUAAUGUUAAAAUAAUACACACAAUAUUAAGUCCAGUUAGUAUUCCAGAUGUCAAAUUCAUAAUAAUCUCACUGAACUGUAUUACUAGGUUGAAUAAAGAGUGAGAGCCAGA